UUCAAAAAAUGGGCGCCAAUCUGGGCGUUAGUCUUAUAGCAAUAUGUUAGAAGAACAAGGACAGCAUGUGAUUGUCGCUCCUUAUCUGACAUUAUCUUCCAACAAUUGCAUCCGUGUGCUCAACGUAUCAGUGUUUGUGCCUUCACAGUGGUUGUGCUACACGCAUACGCGAUGAAAGAGAGACAAAGACGCCGCAAUUAUCUCUCUUUGUCAAGCAAUCAGUGUACUAGUAUCGAAAAUAUCGAAAAGUGGAUGUAGCACGGACAUGAACCACAUGGAGAUUUGACCGACAAUAUCGAAAAGUGUGUGACUAUGUGUUUCCAAUUCCUAAAAGUGGAUGUAUGGCGCUGCUGUACGGCGUAGGGAUGACCGCUCUCAGACUUUUCUCUGAUUACGAAUUAAAAUAUGGCCCACGUUAAUCAAGAUCAAGGAAUAGGAGAAUAUAUGGACUUUUUAACAAAGUUUCACAAUAUUUCGAAUAAAUUGAAAAAACGAUUUUUGAGGAAGCCAAACGUCUCAGAGGCAUGUAAUCAAUUUAGUGCCUUAGCCACUGAAUGCGAACAGAAAGAAUUGUGGCAAUAUGCAGGUUUGUGUUGGUUGGCAGCUGCUAGAUGUCAAGGCACAUUAGAAAAUGCCUCUUCUGAAAUAAAUCUUCUGAUAAAGGCGGGAAGGCAAUUUCUCGUAGCUGAGAAAAAAGACAAUGAUACAGGAUGUCUCUCUAUAGGCCAUGAAAACAUACAGGCAGUUGUGAGUUGUUUUGGUCACUCUAUGGCAAGAUGCAGCAGCCAACCAGGAUUUAAUACAAUUUCUGCAGGUCUAUCAGUAGAAUUGGCAUUAACAUUGGGUCCGAGUUCUGCUGGCAUUCAAUAUCUGCGGAAAGCGAUUGAUAUAUUUCCCACAUCAAAAGCUAUUAAUACUUUAGUGUCUUUUCAUAUAAGCCUAGGAGAUUAUGUAGCUGCACUACAGAUCCUUAACGAAUUCGUAGAAUUUGCAGAAGCUUGUGUUGUGGCUGGUGCCAGAGGAAAUUAUAAUGCUAUUCUACAUAGGUGCGAGGUGACACGAGUACUUUUACUACUCAUUCUUCAGCCAUCGCCACAGAGAUUAACACCUUCUCUCGCACAAGUUCUCGAAAAAUAUGCAUGGGCCGAAGAAAAUGUGAAUAAUAAUCUCAAUAUGAGCGAGGAUGAAUUAUUGUUGUUGCAAUCCCUGGUAUUAGCAUGUCAAUCUCACGAUCAUCAAGCAGUAUUGGAAUUCGAGAGCGAAUUGUAUCCUUACUUUGACACAGAACAAAAAGAAUUGUUACAUAAAUUGAUACAAGUAUUAUCAACGCAGUAAAUAUAUAAGAUAAUGAAAUCACGAUGAUGUGCGACUAAUUUAUGUCCGGAAUUUCAUUCAUUAUGGAUUCUCGUGAUUUUACGUCGUAUUGUACAGUUUAUCGAAAUAAAAAAUUGAAACAUAUUCGUCGAGAAACG